AUGCGAGGGUCCACCUCGCAUGCGCAUACCUCCAUCAAACAGUGCAACCAUUGGGAUAACAAGCUCAACUACCGUCGCGCCGGAUCAGGGACCGUAACAGACGGCAGCAAAGGCCUCAAUGGAAGCGAUACCAGUUUUGACUACAUUAUAGUUGGUGGGGGAAAUGCUGGCUUGACACUUGCCGCAAGACUUUCUGAGAACUCUCUAUUUCGGGUCGCCGUCAUAGAAGCUGGAGGCUUUUACGAAGACUCGGUGGGCAGUGGUUCACAGCUUUCGGUUCCGGCAAAUGCCAUUCUAUGGGCUGGCAAGGAUCCAAAAGAUACCAAUCCAAACGUUGACUGGGGAUUCACCACUGUUCCACAGGCUGGAGCCCAUAACGAAAUCAUCCAUUAUGCUAGAGGGAAGACCCUAGGCGGCUGCACCGCCCGUAAUUACAUGGCUUACCAGCGAGGUACCAUUUCUUCAUACCAAGCUUGGGCCGAGGAGGUCGGCGAUCCAAGCUAUACUUUCGAAAAUCUUCUUCCAUACUUCGAAAAGUCGCUCAAUUUCACCCCUCCAAAGAAUGAGAAACGAGGAUUGAAUGCAACGCCAGACUACGAUGAUACCUUUCUUGGAGCUGGGGGCAACCCCUUGACAUCACAUUCCCUAGCUACGCCGUUUCAUUCUCAUCGUGGAUCCAGCAAGCCCACCAAGGGCUUCACGAGUGGCUCGCUUCUUGGCUCAGCCUACAAUGUGGCGACGAUCAAUUCUACCACGGGUCUACGGGAAUCGUCGGAAACAGCGUUUCUUCAGCCUACGAAGGGUCGAUCCAACUUAGUAGUGUAUACGCACACACUGGCUAAGAAGGUAGUCUUCGAAGGUAAAACUGCAGUAGGGAUCCAAGUCGCAGGCGGAAACCAAACCUCAGAUACUAUCACCUUGUCAGCGAAGAAGGAGGUCAUUUUAUCUGCAGGAGUGUUCCAGUCACCACAAUUACUCAUGGUAUCUGGUGUGGGCCCUAAAGCCAUUUUAGAUCAAUUCGAUAUACCUAUCAUUGCGGACCGUCCAGGAGUCGGUCAAAACAUGUGGGAUCACGUCCUCUUCGGACCAUCUUACUCCGUCAAUCUCAUCACAGAUUCCUCCCUCGGGCAAACCUCUUACUUAGACGCAGCAAUGAAAGAAUUUGCUGCCACACAAUCCGGCAUCCUUUCAAACCCCGGCUCCGACUUUCUAGCAUGGGAAAAAUUGCCCCCAUCUUCUCGCUCAUCCCUCCCUGCGUCUGCCCUCUCCGAUCUAUCUCAAUUCCCAGAUGACUGGCCUGAGCUCGAAUAUUUAGCCAUCGGUGCUUAUUUCGGCCUCCAGGAGAAUUUCGUGACCGGCGCCCCUCAUGACACGAAUCAAUAUGUCACCCUAGCCGCCGCCCUAGUCGCCCCCCUCUCCCGCGGCAACGUUUCCAUCUCCUCCCCUGACACUGCUGACCAGCCGCUCAUAAACCCCAACUGGCUGACUCACCCGACUGAUCAAGCCGUUGCCAUCGCCGCCUACAAGCGUGCACGUGCCGCCUUUGCAACUCCUGUGAUGCAGGAAAUAGUCAUUGGUGACGAGGCGUUUCCCGGUAAGACUGUUGGCGGAGGUGGGGUGCCAGGCGUUGGUGGGGAAAGCGAUGAGGAGAUUCUGGAAACGGUGAGGAGGAGUUUUGGGGCUGUAUUUCAUGCUAGUGCGACGAAUAAGAUGGGGAAGGAGAGUGAUAAGAUGGCGGUGGUAGAUUCGAGGUGUAGGGUAAUGGGUGUGCGAGGAUUGAGAGUGGUGGACGCGAGUGCAUUUCCGUUCUUGCCGCCAGGGCAUCCUAUGGCUACUAUUUAUGCACUGGCAGAGAAGAUAGCAGACGAUAUCAAGACAGCUGUCAGAUACGGGGGAAACCAGUAA